AUGCACGAGCGUGGUAUCGUCCACCGGUACAUUAAGCCCGGGAACAUCCUCGUCGGCGGCGAGAGCGUGGUAAAGAUAUACGGUCUCGGGAUGGCCAUUUCCAUGUUGAGCGCGACGCCGCCGCGCGGCCAGGCCGGCACGCUCUGGUACAUGGCUCCCGAGAGACUCCUGGGGAAGCCGGACUACGACGAGCUCGUGGACGCCUGGUCGCUCGGCUGCGUCAUGGCGGAGCUGCUCGCCGGCGAGCCAUUGUUCCGUGGCCACAGCGCGACCGACCAGCUCCUGAGAAUCUUCCGCGUGCUCGGCGGCACGUGUAUGGCAUCCACGCCGCUCGCCGCCGCGGGGCAGAAGCUGCUGACCCGCCGAGGCGGCAGCCGGCUUCGUGAGCUGUUCCCCGAGGAGCGCCUGUCGCGCGACGGGUCCGAGGUUUUAGAGGGGCUCCUCACGUGGGACCCCGGCGAGCGUCCGCCAGCGGCCAUGGCGCUCGCAAAGUGUUUUUUACUGGAGCCGGGAGCUACCGGUGAUCUUUCCACCAAUGAGGUGCUGCCAUAUCUAAAGUUGUGA